AUGAAGUCCGAGGGAAUGCUGGGGGGAUAUUUUAGCUGUUUUUCGGCCAUGGCGAUGCUGCCCGUGCCAUCAGGCCUAACGCCCCCACUGACGGUAAACAACGAGACAAACCAUAAUGGCGUGAUCACCAUCAUCACCUCGUUUGCACUGUUCAUUGUUCUGGGAUCUCUGGGGAUUCGGGUAUACUCGGCGUACAGUAGGCGAGUGCAGCAGUUGGAUGACUUGACUUUUGCGGCAACAGUGGUAUGCCUUGGUGUCUUCGACAUACUUGUCUUGGGCCAAAUAUCGGUGGUCUUUGCCCAGAUCCACUUUGGAUGGGGCAAGACAAAGACAUUAAUUGCAACUAAAGACCAACAGAAACUAGAAAAGGCAAGCUACAGUGCAGAUAUACUAUAUGCUGCUAUCCUGUCCUCGUCAAAGGUGUCCACGGCGCUGUUUUACCGAACCAUCACAUUGCGUAGCUCACCCUGGAUGAGCUAUACCCUUCUUACAACAAUGAUAGUCUGUGCUCCAAUCACCAUCGUUCUCCUAUCGGUUCGCUGCGAUAAACAUCCAUGGCGCGAUAUAAAUGACGAAUGUAAAGCGCUGUUCUCUCACUGGAAGGCCAUUACGACAAUAGACAUUUUACUUGAAGUUGCUCUACUGUUAUACCCCAUUCAGUCCAUUCUGCGACUACAAACUCCCCUGGGCAAGAAGGUGACUGUGAUAUUGGUGCUUAGCUGCCGGGCACUAUUAAUCCCUGUCGUUGCGGUCCAUCUAUACUAUAUAGGCAAGCAAAUGAGAUCCCCUGAUCCAACACUCGAAGGGACUUAUGUCACCAUUGUCGCCGAACUUCACGUGGCCCUCAGCGUGGUCGUUUUGAUAGCACCCCUCAUGAAACCAUUCAUUGCUGCAUAUGUAGACGAAAAUGGACUUGCCUAUACUGAUGAGUUGUCUGCAUCACGCACUAAACCGAAGCUCGUUCCUCGGUCGGGCAGGUCCAACGGGACAGAUAUUGGCGCACAACAUGGUACAUUCCCGUCGACAAACCGGAUUAUGAAGAGUAUACACAUCUCAGUUGAUCGUGAGGAUUUAGAGCUUUUCCAGCAAUCUAAGAAUUCUAUCCGGUUGACCAGGGACACAGGUGAUGAUAAAUCAAGAGGGGAGCUCAUGAUGUCCAAGAAUAAUUGA